CUCUUUUAAACCUUUGUAUACUUCCGCAAUUUUUACCGCCCGUUUUCAAGCCUUGACAAGACUUCUGAAAAGGCAAAACAUAUAGACAGAAUGCCACGUGAAAUAAUUACAUUGCAGUUGGGACAAUGUGGAAAUCAAAUUGGUUUUGAGUUUUGGAAGCAGCUAUGUGCAGAGCAUGGUAUAAGCCCAGAGGGUAUGUUGGAAGAUUAUGCUACAGAAGGAACCGACAGAAAAGAUGUGUUUUUCUAUCAGGCUGAUGAUGAUCACUAUAUACCUAGAUCUGUAUUACUGGAUUUGGAACCUCGAGUCAUUAAUACCAUCAUGAACUCUGGUUACGCUAAACUCUAUAAUCCAGAGAAUGUUUACCUGUCUAAACAUGGUGGUGGUGCUGGUAACAACUGGGCUAGUGGUUACACUCAGGGUGAAAAGUUAUAUGAAGAAGUAUUUGACAUAAUAGAUAGAGAAGCUGAUGGUAGUGAUAGUUUAGAGGGUUUUGUGCUUUGUCAUUCAAUUGCUGGUGGAACAGGAUCUGGUAUGGGAUCAUAUAUUCUAGAAAGACUUAAUGAUAGGUUUCCCAAAAAGUUGAUUCAGACGUAUUCUGUAUUUCCGAAUAUAGAAGAAGUAUCAGAUGUAGUUGUACAGCCUUAUAACUCUAUACUAACAUUAAAACGAUUGACACAGAAUGCUGAUUGUGUUGUUGUUUUAGAUAACACAGCAUUAAAUCGUAUUGCUGCUGAUAGAUUACAUAUAGAUACACCUACAUUCGGACAAGUUAAUCAGCUGGUAUCAACAGUGAUGUCAACCAGUACAGCAACAUUACGUUACCCAGGUUACAUGAAUAAUGAUCUGAUUGGGUUAAUAGCAUCUCUAAUUCCUACACCUAGACUCCAUUUUCUCAUGACUGGCUACACACCACUAUCUACUAGUUCACAGGUAGCUAGUGUACGUAAAACGACAGUUUUAGAUGUUAUGAGAAGAUUAUUACAACCUAAAAAUAUGAUGGUAUCAACACCAGUACAAAGACAAGCUAAUCAUUGUUAUAUAUCUAUAUUAAAUAUUAUACAGGGUGAAGUAGAUCCAACACAAGUACACAAGAGUCUACAGAGAAUCCGAGAAAGAAAGUUAGCAACGUUCAUACCAUGGGGUCCUGCUAGUAUCCAAGUGGCUCUGUCUCGUAAAUCACCAUAUGUACAAACUUCACAUCGUGUUAGUGGUUUAAUGUUGGCCAAUCAUACCAGUAUUGUGUCUCUUUUUGAAAGAACAUUACGUCAGUUUGAUAAAUUACGUAAAAGAGAAGCCUUUAUGGAUCAGUUUAAAAAGGAGAGAAUAUUUGAAGAUAAUUUAGAUGAAUUUGAUAAUUCAAGGGAAGUAUUACAACAGUUGGUAGAUGAAUAUCAUGCUGCCACAACACCAGGAUAUCUUGGUUGGGGAACAUCACAGACUGCCUCAUCUACUUGAAGAAAAACGAUCUGUCUGGAUUGAAUCUGUGAUAAUAUAUAGUGUUACAUAUACACUCAAAGAUUGGUCUAUAUUACUAAGGGUGAUAAACAUGUAUUUUAUUUAUGUGCUAGCUAUAAGAUGCUUAUUGAUCUGAUGAGAAUGUUCUUAAAGAUGUGAAUAACUCAUUGAUACUAAAACAGUAAAAUUGUGAUAAACAUAACUCUAUUUAAAUGAAAUGGGGUUUAUUGUCCUACUGAUGAGGGCUAAUUAAAGACAGGCCCGCUUUAAAGAAAAUACUCAAAUCAGUUUGUGUUUGUAUAAAUAUUACAGUUUGAACCAACGGGUGUCCUUAUACAUCAGAAUGUUGAGAAAAAUGACCAGAUUUGACAACAGGAGUGAAAAAUCAAAGCUCUAUAAAUGUACUAUUCCUCUUUUAAAUCUUGCAUUAAUUUAUGAAAAUGCAUUAGUGCGUUACAUAAUCCAAAUGGUAUAUUUGAUUACUGAAAUAAAUUAUUAUACAAAUUAUAGAUAUAUAUAUAAGGAUGUGCUAUGUCAGUCCUACAUGAUAACCGAAGGUAUAACAACCCCAUACAUAAUGACAUCAUGAAAUUGGAAUAUUUUCUGUAUUACCUGGACACCAGGACAGGUUAGAGCAAUAUUCUUAUACCAUACUCAAAUCAAAAGUACUUUUAAAUUGACCAGUUCUUAGAUUACCGUGACCAUCUUGAUUUGAUCUUGGGAUACCCCAGAUCAUUUUGUGAGCUUUAUCCAUUGUUUGUUGAUAAGUUUCUUGGUAAUGGAUUUGCUUAGAUUAUAUUUUUGGCUUUUGUUAAUCAUCCAGUUUGUUUUUACUGUGUUGUGGUUAUUGAUAAAAGUGCUAUGAUGAUUAAUACCAAGACUUAUUCAUGAAAAAUUAAACAAAUUCGAACUGUUAUUGUAAAUAGGUAAAUGGAAUUGCUAUAAUAAAUCAGUUCUUUCUAUUGUUA